CUGGUGAACAAGUUGAUUCAUUACGUAAGAUCAUACGCGUAAAGAGGGACGAGCGUUUCGCACGCGUUACGGGGAUUAACCUAAAAUUAUAUUCAAGCAAGACAAUGUCGAGAACAACACUUUCUCUUCAUACUAUGGAUCUCAUCAUGUGUUCUGGCUAGGCCAUCAUGUCGUCAUCUUCAUACGAUACUGGGAUGAGGGGUAGCAGUAGUAUGGGAGGAGGCGAGGGAGGAUCAUCAUCACAAAGGCUGCGAAAAAAGAUGGCAAGACCGCGUUGUCCAUUAUGUGGUUCACGUAGAUUUCGACGUGAUCCAGAUACUUCAAUGGUUGUCUGUGAUCAAGGUCAUGUUUUGCAAGGCUUUCGUGAAGAGACUGCUGAUGAUGGUGAAUCGUUUGAUCCUUCUCAAAACUUGUCACAACGAACAAGGAGAAGGUUACGCGUUGGUGGAAAUGGAUAUGUGAACAAGAAGCGAAGAAGUACGGCAAUACGAGGAACCUGGUCAGCAGAGCGAGCACGGUAUCUGUUCUAUCAAUGCUUGCAGGUCAUUCUCCGUCUCCAAAUUGAGGCUGUCAAGGAACAUCUCCCUAGUUGCCCUGGCGAAGACUUGGAGGCAGUCUGUCGUGAUUUAUGGGCAUUCUAUGUUUCAAUGCAAGAUAAGCUCCAACCUCAACCUUAUCUCGAAGCAAGUGAAGAUGCCGGGAUGCAGAUCAAAGGGAAGGAAAAAAGAAGCAUAUCAAUGGAACGUGCAAAACAAGCCGAAAGGGAGGCCAUGCUACAAGAAGAGGAAGAUGAAUCACAAAGAUUCGAUGAUCAAUUACGCUUGCUCGGGUUGGCAGAAGACGGAGAGGAAACGGAUGAUCUUGUCUCAACGGAUGCAGGCGAGACUUCCGCAGUGGAUACGGACGAUGAAGGAUUGGCGAAUGGGCAACGAAGUGGAGGAGAUGAGAGUAGAAGAGGGUAUGUUAAAUCCGGCGCAAAGAAUCUCACGACUUUGACAUGUAUCGUCUAUCUUGGACUGAUCACACUCCGAGUGCCUAUACGAUGGAACGAUCUACGCCUCCUUCUGAUUGAACAAAAGAUACCCUUUCUUCAUGCCAUUUACCAACUUCCUCGACCAAUGACCAAAGCUUUACCCUAUCGAUAUGCUGAGAGAUUGGAUGGCAAGAAGGUUCCUUCUAUUGACAAACUCCAUCACGUUUCCGUCAGACUUGCAAAUGAUCUUCACAAUAAGUUCAGCAUCAAGUUUCCCGAAAUGAAUGCACUGCCAAUGCUAUGGCGAUGCACGCAAGAUCUUCUACUUCCGCCUACUGUAUACUGUGCAGCGAAACGGUUGAUUGCAUAUUGCGAGAUCCCCCUCGUUGCCGUUCAAGAAUCAUGUUCGACGCUAUCCCUCGAUCAGGAAAAGCCACCACAACGAAAUCGAAAGGCUUCAUUGAUGUUAGAUGGAAGAUUGGCAGUAAGUCUGCAAUAUACAUCUGUACCUCGUGAAGUGGUUCUGAUGGCUUCGCUGAUUUUGAUGAUCAAGAUGCGUUAUGGGUUGGAUGGAGAAGAGCGUUUUGAAGAGCCUCAGAUUGCGGAUAUUUGGUCCGGAUGUCCUCCUCUCGAUCCUUGGCUGGCAGCGUUAGAAGUGCAACAAGCCAGAGGUGAAACUCAAUUUCCCGCUUUGGCAGAUCCAGAUUCUGUCAAGAUUGACGAAAUGACAAACGAUCAAUUGGACGCUUAUCUCGAUUACGCUGAAGAUAAGCUCAUCUUGGAAGAUCAUCCAAAUGCCCUACAUCGACGUCAUACAGGCAAGAUUGAUGAUCUUUUGGCGUGUGGUGCAGGAUUGACUUCAAUCAACGGAAGGAACGACAUCCAUGAAAACGGCAAUCAUGAUCAGAGUGAUAUCCUGUCACAAUUAUACAAGGACAAAAAACAACUUUACCCACACUUGAUCACAUUGAACGAUGACCAACUUCGACCAGGCGAUGCUCAUUUUGUAUAUAAUCGAAUGAUCUCCUCUGGCACAGCAGCAGAUGCCCAAUCUCCUUGGGAAUCAGGCUGGGUGCAUGAUCAAUAUGCCAAGGUACUGCAGUAUGCUGCCAAAGCGAUCGGAAUCGAGACCUACAUCUUGGCAGAUACUGUUUAUGCUUUAGAGAUGAGGUUGGUCUACUUACUGCAAGAUCGCAGGACGGAAAGACAAAAGGCACAACAACCCGCAAAGAGCCAAAAGAAGGCUGAACGUAGACAAAGCGGUGCACAAUCUACGGAAGAAGAACAGCUGACUGAUGACGAAUGAUUUCAUCAGACACAUUGUACAUCGAUAUAUAG